GCUCAAUCGUUAGGAAUAUUUAUGGACAACGAUGAUGGAUUUGACUAUUUGUUCAAAAUUGUGCUUGUCGGCGAUAUGGGAGUCGGAAAGACAUGUGUAGUUCAACGCUUCAGAAAUGGAACAUUUGUUGAUCGUCAGGGAACCACUAUCGGCGUCGAUUUCACAAUGAAAACUCUUGUCGUUGACGGAAAGCGUGUAAAAUUGCAAAUCUGGGAUACUGGAGGCCAGGAACGAUUCCGAACGAUUACUCAAUCAUAUUAUCGAUCUGCUAAUGGAAUUGUUUUGUGUUAUGACAUUACUUGCAAGCAAUCAUUUGGAAGUCUUCAGAGAUGGAUUGAUGAUGUUUCAAAGUUUGCAGCUCCGAAUGUUGUGAAGCUACUCAUUGGUACAAAAUGCGAUCUAGAAGACCAGAGAGCAAUCGAAGCAGAAGAAGCGGAAAUGUUGCAAAGAGCUAAUGGAAUGUUCGCAAUGCUCGAGACUAGUGCAAAAGGCAAUGUGAACGUGGACAACGCAUUCCUCGAGUUAGCAACAAUUCUGAAGCGACAGUAUGAUCAAGGAGUCGUUGAACAAGGCUCAAGUGGUACAUUCCAGCUUGGAUCCGGUGGCACGACGGCUCUGGGCUCUCCAUGGCAACGAUGUUGUCAGUACACUUGAUGAUGAUGUAAACUCUCAUUCCCAUAUUGCUUCUCAUCCACAAUUUUCUUGUAAAUCUCGUCAAUAAAUCAUUUUUGUCCGA